GAAUUCUACAUGUUGGAGCAUCGCACUGUCUUUGAAGUCUCGUACUCACGGUUAACGUUAUUUCGAUCAAACGAAAUGCCGGCUGAGUGCAUUGCCAAUCCACUGCAGCGAGAGCUCGCUGAUUCAAUAAUACGAAUGCAGUCUUUGGAUGAGAUAAGGAUACUGCUGGCUUGUGGAGCUAAGCCCAACGAAAUAGUUACCCAGGGUUUACGACCACUUCAUUACGCGGUUUGGCAAAAGUACACGGAUGCUGCUCAACUUCUUAUUGUCCGAGGUGCUGACAUUGACGCUACUGAUGAGUGCGGGUACUCGGCGCUUCAUUUAGCUGCUGAGCAUGGUUAUAUUGAUAUUGUCAAGAUAAACGGUCAUACUGCAGUAGCGAAAAUAUUGCUGGAAGCUGGCGCAAAUCCAAACAAAAGGUACUUUUUUGGUUCGGAAAUAAACCUGGUAUCACCGUUAGAUCUUGAGUGUAUGGAAUUAUUGUUGGCUUUUGGAGCGCAGCCUAAUACUCGGGACCGCGCUGGUCUUACGCCAUUGAUGAAAGCAGCAAGGUUACCUCAGGGUAUAGCGUCAGUGUUGCUGCUUUUGAGUUACGGAGCAGACGUUAAUGCGAUGGCGGACGCAAGACACGAUUACAGAACAGUUAUGCAUUAUGCGAUACUCGGUGGCGACAAAACCGUCAUCAAUCUAAUGCUUAAGCAAGGAAUCAGGCUGAAUCUUGGCCCUGACUACCAAAAACCCUCGGCCUUGGACUUGGCUAUUCUCAAGGGUGACCCCUCGAUUGUUGAAAUGUUACUUGAAGCUGGUGCUGACGUAAAUGAAUCAUCAUCAAUAAUCGGUUCACCUCUUCACGUCGCUUGCGCUGACAAUAUUCCCAACAGACUGGAAAUCCUGAGUAUGCUUUUAGAACGUGGAGCUGAUCCAAAUCUGGUGAUAAGAAGCGAUGAAGGUCCAUCAUUGCGUCCAGUUUUGGCAGAGUAUGUUGCCAGUAAUGUAAAUCCAUCUGUCGAGGUUGUUGCUCUGCUUCUAAAGUAUGGAGCGCGAGUUGUAAUAAAGACACAAUUUCGUGAUCCCCACGGGAUACUAAACUCCCUUCAAAAUACAGCGGAUAAACCGAAAUUACUGAGAGCUUUACUGGAGGCUGCUGAGAGUUUUGAUCCCUGUAUGAUCAGAAGAUCCAGCAGCUUAACUGACGCGCAAAGAGCUCUAGUGAUGGAAGCUGCUCGAACACCCUUGCCCCUUACUCAUCAAGCGCGGCUGAUAGUCAGGAAAAUGUGCGGGCCUAAAUUACCUAAAAUUGUACGGAGACUUCAAUUACCUCAAUCGUUAAAUCGUUAUCUUCUUUAUGAUUUUUCAUAA